UCGGCUAAGGGUCCCGUGCCUGUGAGUCCGUGCGGGUCGCGCGAGUGGUGGCGUGGGGCGUGAGGUGCGUUUGUGGGGGUGAAGUGUGAGAAAGAGCUGAAGAGGCGAAGUGUUUGGGGGAGUGAAACGAAACAUAAUUGGAUAUUUGGCAGUGCCUCUGCUCGCUAGUUCGGUUACAGUCUCCCCAUUCCAUCAUGUUCCACUUCAAAAGGAAGGACAAAGAUGACAAGAAAAAGGAUAAGGAGAAGGACAAGGAUAAGAAAAAGGACAAAAAGGAGCGGCGGAUCACAAUGGAGGAACUCCGCCGGCUUGAGGAGGCACGUCGAAGUCUGGUCGGCAAGACCAAGAAGAAGGACAAACUGCCCAGCGGUAUCACUGCCGACUACAUGGAGAGCUUUACGCAGGCAGAGCGCGAGGCGCUGGCCAGCCGGGGCGCGUUCGGCGGCGCCGGGGCACCACCGCGGCCGCCCAAGCGCGGCAUCCUCAGGGGCAGCCUGCAGGACUACCAGCUGGUGGCGGACCACAUCGAUGACCACAACGUCGUGGCCGAGAACACGGUGCGCAAUGAGGUCAUUAACUACGAGCGGUUGAUCCAGCGGCGGACAAGCGGCGCUAGCGGCGGCAGCGGCGCCAGCGUGCCGCCGCUGCCGCCUAAGGGGCCGCCGUCGCCGACGCCGUCACCGGGCGGCGAGUUCGGCUUCGCGCUGCGCCGCUCCAUCCUGCUGGAGCGCACGGCGCGCGGCGACAGCCAGCGCACGGUCAUAUUCGCCGAGCCGGGCCGCGGCGCCGCCGGCGCACACGGCGACACCGGCCUCCUGCCCGGCGACCGACUCAUCGAGGUCAACGGUGUCAACGUGGAGACGGCCGAGCGCGAGCAGGUGGUGGCGUUAAUCAGGAACUCAGGAGACGCCGUGACGCUCAAGGUGCAGCCGAUUCCGGAGGUGUCGGAGCUGUCGCAGCGGCAGGCGGCGGACGGCACACGGGUACCAGUGGCGGACGGCCUCGACCCCGUGCGGCGAGACGGCACCCUUCGCCGCACGGGCAGCCUCAGGUUCGCCAACAAGAUGCGCCCGAUGAGCUCGGCCGCCUUCCGGACCUCCGUCGGCCGCGACCGCCGGCCGCUGCGCCGCGAGAACCUGCUCGAGCUGGCCUCCAAGGUGGUAAAGACGUCCGACUUUCAGGAGGGCAAGCGCGUGUCGCAGCUGAUCACGCUUGAGAUCAGCGACGAGGAUGAGCGCGGAAACGGCUGA